AUGGCGGACAAGUCGGCCAAGUCGCCGCGCAAGACGUCGGUGUCGACGACCACGGCGGCCGUCACCUCCAGCUCCCACCCCAACCACAAGGUCAAGACGGUGCGGUCACAGAAGAUACUCCCGAGCCCACCUCCCAAGGAAAACAGGCCGACUCGCCUCGAUGACUCGAACGCGUCCGACGAUGACGACGACGACGACGACGAAGACGAGGACGAGGAUGAGCAGCCCGCACCGCUGCCCAGGAGCCACACACCCGGCCACCUGGCGAGCAAGAGCAUAAACGACCGCCGGCGCAAACCUUCGGACGUAGCCAUACGCCAGCGCUCUCAGUCGGCCUCACAGGUCCCUCCUUCUCGGCCCUCCACCGCUGGCGCCCAAACGACCCGAUCCCAACAGCAGGACCAGAAGCAGCAAGCCUCCGCCGACGGCCACAAGGACGACCAAGACAAGAAGCUCUCGGGCACCGCCAACAAGGCGUCCGCGUCGGCAGCGAACCGCGGCACACUGUCUGCGUCUGUCACAUCGCGGCAGAAGACGGCCACGACGACCACGACGGGUGCCAAAAUCACCCGCCCGCCGCGGGGGCAACACAUCCCCUACCCCGCGCUGCCCGGCCCCGACGAUGGGCCCGACGUCGAGCCGGCACCGCCGUCGGGCAUGUACUGGUCCAAGGCGUUCGUGUCCGGCGCACCGCACUCCAACAUGAGGGCGCACACGACGACGAUCAUCAGUUCCAACGUGUACGUGUUUGGGGGCUGCGACUCGCGCACCUGCUUCAAUAGCAUGUACAUGCUCGACGCCGACUCGUUUUCCUGGUCCGUCCCGCACAUGGUCGGCGACAUCCCCGUGCCGCUGCGCGCCAUGACAUGCACGGCGGUCGGCAAGAAGCUUGUCGUCUUCGGCGGCGGUGACGGCCCCGCUUACUACAACGAGGUCUACGUCCUCGACACAGUCAACUUUCGCUGGACCAAGCCCCGCAUCGUCGGUGACAGGGUGCCUUCAAAGCGCCGCGCUCACACGGCCUGUCUAUACAAGAACGGCAUAUACGUCUUUGGCGGUGGCGACGGCGUGCGCGCCCUCAACGAUAUAUGGCGCCUCGACGUCAGCGACCCGACCAAGAUGUCGUGGAAGCUCAUCUCCGGGGCCGAAAAGACGGCGCCAGGAAUCAAGGAUGUCCGCCCCAGGGCGCGCGGCUACCAUACAGCAAACAUGGUGGGCAGCAAGCUCAUCAUUUUCGGCGGAUCAGACGGCGGAGAGUGCUUCGACGAUGUUUGGGUCUACGAUGUUGAGCGACACGUCUGGAAGGCCGUCAACAUCCCUGUCACCUACCGCCGCCUCUCCCACACGGCCACCCUCGUCGGAUCUUACCUCUUCGUCAUUGGCGGCCACGAUGGCGCCGAAUACUGCAACGACGUGCUCCUCCUCAACCUCGUGACCAUGACGUGGGACCGUCGCAGGGUCUACGGGAAGCCACCCAGCGGGCGCGGAUACCACGGCGCAGUCCUGCACGACAGUAGGCUACUCGUUAUUGGCGGCUUUGACGGCAGCGAGGUGUUUGGGGACGUGACCAUCCUCGAACUCGCGGUCCACGCGUACUACUCGCAAAUCAGCCACUUUACCAUUGAAGUAUAG